AUGUCUGAAAUUCGCAGAAAGCUCGUCAUCGUUGGCGACGGUGCUUGCGGCAAGACCUGUCUCCUCAUCGUGUUCUCCAAAGGAACAUUCCCCGAGGUCUACGUCCCCACCGUCUUUGAAAACUACGUCGCCGAUGUAGAGGUAGACGGAAAGCACGUCGAACUCGCUCUUUGGGAUACAGCUGGACAGGAAGAUUACGACCGCCUCCGUCCUCUCUCGUAUCCAGACUCCCAUGUCAUCCUGAUUUGCUUCGCGAUUGACAGCCCAGACUCUUUGGAUAACGUUCAAGAAAAGUGGAUUGCGGAAGUCAUGCACUUCUGCGCUGGCUUACCCAUCAUUCUCGUCGGCUGCAAGAAGGAUCUCAGACGUGACAGCAAGACCAUUGAUGAGCUCCGCAGGACAAACCAGCGUCCCGUCACCCCAGAAGAGGGCAUGGCUAUUGGACAAAAGAUUGGUGCUCGUCACUAUCUGGAAUGCUCGGCUCGUACCGGUGAGGGCGUCCGCGAAGUCUUCCAAUAUGCAACCCGCGCUGCGCUCAUUUCCCGAACGAACCGCAAGCCGAAGAAGUGUGUGGUCGUCUAA